AUGCAGGAACCUCAUUCUUUUAUCAAUCCUACGUCUCAGCUUUGUAACGAGAGAACUACAGACACCGAAGAUUACUCUCCUGAAAAUUGUACACCGUAUCUUACUUCAGUCUUACAGGAUGAGGUGGACAACCCAUCACCACAGUCCCCUGCGGCUCAAGUUUUGCCUACCCCUCCAAACGGUGGUAUGCUAGCUUGGCUACAGGUUGCAGCCUCCUUUUGUAUCUUCCUAAAUACCUGGGGAAUUGUCAAUAUGUACGGUGUAUUCCAGGCAUACUAUACCUAUCAUAUCGCAGAAAAAGCCUCUGAUUCUGCCAUAUCAUGGAUAGGUUCGAUUCAAGUGUGUCUUCUCUGUUUUAUCAGCACUGUUGUUGGACCAGUCUAUGACGCCGGUUACGUUCAGUCACUCUUAAUAUCAGGCACUUUUUUGACUUUGCUAGGAGUUUUCAUGACAAGUCUGUGCAAAAGCUACUGGCAGCUAUUCCUAGCUCAAGGUGUAGUUACUGGUGUCGGGUUUGGAUGUCUCUUCCUUCCUGGGGUCACUAUCGUAUCCCAGUAUUUUAGCACCAAAAAAGCAUUUGCAACGGGCAUUGCAUCCCUUGGUAGCAGUGUUGGCGGAGUUGUUUACCCAAUUCUUUGGUCCCAGCUGGUACCUAAGAUUGGAUUUGGCUGGGCCACUCGAGUUAUUGGUUUCAUAAUGAUGGCGACUCUUAUACUCCCUCUUAUCAUCAUGCGUCCGCUUCAGUACCCUAAAACUCGAAGAUCUCUCUUCGAUGUUUCCUCCCUGAAAGAUGUGCCCUAUGUCUUCUUCGGGUUUGGAAUACUUUUCGGAUAUAUGGGCAUCUAUGUCGUCUUCUUUUAUAUCCAACUAUAUGCCAUGGGCAGAGCCGGAGUGAGCUCUUAUUUAGCAUUUUACCUGCCAGCACUUAUCAACGCUGGCUCGUCUCUGGGCCGAAUAUUACCCAACUUCGCGGCUGACUACGUUGGAACUUUGAAUAUGCAGAUGGUAUUUGCAUUCGCCUCAGCAGUUCUAAGCCUCUCACUUAUAGCCAUUAGGAAUGUACAAGGUAUCCUUGCUUUCUCCGUUUUGUACGGAUUUUUCACUGGCACUUUCGUCAGUCUACCAGCUCCAACCGUUGCGAGCUUGUCACCAGAUGUAGCAUCUCUGGGGGGUAGAAUGAGCAUGGCUUUUAUGGCAGCCGGGAUUGGAUCACUGAUAGGGAGUCCAAUCGCAGGCGCUAUUUUAUCAACGAAUGGUGGAAAGAACUGGGAUAUACUCCAAGUGUGGUCAGGUGUAUUGCUCGUUCUCUCAGCUUUGUCUAUGCUCGGCGCCAGAACUGCUAAAGUUGGAACUAAACUUAAGGCAAAAGCAUAG